UUUUUUAAAAAAAGACAGUAAGUUUAUUUCUAAAAUUCUCUCUGCCCCGCCCAUAUCCAUUUCCUCUUUGCCGCAGAAACCACCGGCCGCUCCCUCUCUGCCGCUCGCCGGCACUUAGUUCUUUCUUCUCCUUCUAUCUCCCUCUCUGCCGCAACCUCACGCCGCCACACCAACCACCGUCUUCCGCCGCAGUCCCUUCCCUGUUCACUUGCCGUUGAGAUUCGUUCUAAUUUGAAAUCCUCCCAAAUCCAGGGAUUCCAAACAGAAACUACAAAAUUUCAGAGGAAAAAUGGCAGCAGAAGAUCUUCCAGAAGCAACGGCAGCCCUCAGCCUCCUCCGCACUAGACUAUGCAACUCAAGUUUCUACUUCAAACCUCCAUGCGAUUCUUCCGAUAGCAAUUACAGCAAAUUGAAGUUCAUAAUAUCCAGUUCGGUGGCUGAAGCGUGUAAUAAUUCGAUCCUGCUUCUUGGCCCCCGGGGUUCAGGGAAAAUGGCGGUGCUGGAGCUCGUUCUACAAGAUUUAUUACUAGAAUAUCCCGAUAUGAUUACUGUGAUAAGGUUGAGUGGUCUUUUGCAUUGCGACGACAAUGGUGCCUUCAAGGAGAUUGCUAGGCAGCUUUGCUCAGAGUAUCAAUUAUUGUUCUCAAAAAUGGCAUCCUUCGACGAUAACUCCCAGUUUAUGAUAGCUAUGCUGCGGGAGUGUGGCUUGGCACACAAGACAAUUGUUUUCGUACUGGAUGAAUUUGAUCUUUUUGCACAAGGAAAACAACGGCUACUUUAUAAUUUGUUAGAUGCCAUGCAAUCAGUGUCAUCGCAAGCUGUUGUUAUUGGCAUCAGUUGUCGAUUGGAUGCUGAUCAGCUACUUGAGAAAAGAGUAAGAUCUCGGUUCUCCCAUAGAAAGCUGUUAUUUCUUCCUCCCUGCAAGGAAGAUGUGGAGAGAUUGCUGGAGCACAUUUUAUCAUUGCCAAUUGACUCAGACCUUCCUCACGACUACGUUAUUAAAUUUAAUGCAAAGCUUCAUAAUAUGUUAGCAAAUGAGAGAUUUAAAGAGAUCAUUAACACUUAUUUGGACUCUGAUUCGACCGUCAAACAAUUAGUGAGAUAUCUGUUUUGUGCCAUAUCAAAGAUGGACUUGAAAUCUGGGUUGCUGACCCUUGAGAAUUUUGAACAUGCUCUUUCAGAUAUUCAGAGGCAGCCAAAGCAGGAAUAUAUAAAAGAUUGUUCCAUAUUGGAGCUCUAUAUUCUGGUAUGCAUGAAAAGGUUGGAAGUUAAGGAGCAGAAUUCAUAUAACUUCAAUUCUAUAAUGAAAGAGUACAAGAGUAUACAUGAUUCAUUCCGGACAUCUGAUUAUUAUUCACGAAGUGUAUGCUUACGGGCGUUUGAGCACCUUCUACAGCGUGAAUUAAUCUGUUUCACUGACAACCGUGGACAUAAUCAAUCAGUUGAAUUUCGAUCAGUCAAGCUGUUAAUAACAUCUCAUGAACUACAUCAUGGACUGAAGUCUUAUCGAUCAUGUCCUGUCAUCCUUCAGAAAUUAAUGAAUUAAGGAGGUCAAAUUCAUGCAGCUGAGAUGACUGGAUGGCUGUUUAGCAGCCUCCCGACAGCGAGUUUUUCAGAAAUUUUAAUAUAAUAUAUUUACUUCCACAGAUGUUAUUCUGGGACUCCAGACCUUUGGUCUUGUGCAAGGCAGCUCAGGAUCAGCGGUAAGUCCCUUAUGCGAACAUCUUUUCCGGAUAGUAUUGGGUUAGGUUUGACAAAAACUCAGCUCAUUUUCUAGGUGGGACUUAAUAAAAAAAUUUCAUUACUUGAACCAAAUUUGCCCACCUUCAUCUUAUAUGUUGUUUUCUUGGGAUCCCUGGUGGGUAUCAAUCAAAAUAUUGGAACAAAAAUCCUAGAUCAGUGUUGCCAGUUUAAGCAUAGAUCAUCUUGCCAAAUUGUUGUAUCAUCGACAAAAGGAUCAGGAGGUUCGAAUCUCCAUCUCCACGUAUUGAACUCAAAAUGUUUAGAUUCAGUAGACAUGUUGCUGGAGGAAAGACGAGACUUUUAUGUGGUUUAUCACCUGCAUCAAAACUCAUCUGCAGUGCGCUAAAGAGUAGUGAAAGUUUAGUGCAGGAUUUUGGUCAUCACAGUCUUUUAGAAUACUUUGAUCUUCGUAUUGUUCAAUCAUUUUGGAAGACUCAUAUUGUAAAUAUUUUUAUAGUGCUGGAUGUCAACUUCUUUCCCAUGAAUGAUUUCUUGUGUGUACUAUGUCUUGAAGCAUCUGUUUAGGAGGUACUUUUUCUUUACGACGGUUGUCUAAACCAUUUUGAUGGUAUGUGUCGAAAAAGGGUUGGUUUGCCCUAGAGGUUUAUUUGUAAUUCUCUUAUGGGCCUAGGGCUUCCUGUCUGUCUAUUUAUUUGAGCAGUCUUUCUGUAUUUCGGUGUAACUCAAUAAUAAGAUUGAUCGUGGUUUUUUCUCCCUGGCCUAGGGUUUUCCACGUAAAUUAGUCGUGUUUUUUUCCCCUCUUCUUCUUUUAUUUUUAUCUUGGUAUCAGAGCAAGGGGACGAAACCUUAGCCACCAUUGAUGAGUCUCUUUCGACGACCAAUUUUGAGAUAGCUGACACGAUUGAGGAAGCUGCCCAACAAUACCUAGAGAUCGCCUUACCUCGCCUUCUUCAACAAAUGAGUGCCGCCAGAACGACAACCCAAUCCAUCGACGGACAGAUCGGAUCGCGCCCAACCAAAGAGAAUCAGCGUCCAGAUUUGAGCGAUGCCUAGCCACCCUUUAGCCGUGGACCCGUCGAUCUCCUAGGUGCAAAUGGUGUUCGGCGAACAGAUUCGGUCGUAGACCCAACUUUCCUCAAAUCUAGAAUAGUUGACUGACGGCGACCAGAUAUGUCGAUCUUCCAGCAGCUUUCGCGCACAACAUGCCAGUCAAUCUCCCAGCAGGCUUCGCACAAACCAAACGUGAGCUCACCAGAUCGAUCGACAGCCCUAGGGUUCAAAGUCGCGACGACUUUUCUGGCUCGACUAGCCACGACCUUGUCGGUGGGUUUUCUGUCCAGCAACCUCCGGUGGUAGAUCGACCAGUCCUCUCUUCCAUCGGAAUCGUCCAAUUUACAGCUAGGCUCCGAGAACCCGGUAAACUCUUUCCAUUCUUUACCUGCUACAAAUUUAUUAUCUGGAUCAAUAGGACACUCUGCAGGAAUUAUUAUUGGAGAAAAGUUGAAUGACGAAAAUUAUUUCUCCUGGUCUCAAUCCAUUCGAAUGACUCUGGAAGGAAGACAGAAAUUUGAUUAUCUAAUUGGGGAGAUAGUCAAACCUGAACUUCGCAGUCCACACGAACGUAUUUGGAGAGUAGAAGAUUCAUUGCUAUGAUCAGUUCUGGUGAGUAGCAUAAAACCUCAAAUUGGCAGACCGUUACUUUAUACGACGACUGCCAAAGAGAUCUGGGAUGCAGUACAAUAGUUGUAUUCGCAGAAGCAGAAUGCAUCCCGCCUUUAUACCUUAUGCAAACAAGUCCAUGAAUGUAAGCAAGGAGCUAUGGACGUCAUGUCAUACUUCAACAAAUUGUCCUUGUUAUAGCAAGAAAUGGACGUAUGUCGUGAGAUUAUCUGGAGAUGUACACAUGAUGGGAUGCAGUAUUACAAACUUGAGGAAGUUGAUCGAGUGUAUGAUUUUCUGGCUGGGUUAAAUCCGAAAUUUGACAGUGUUCGCAGCAGGAUCUUGGGCCAACGUCCUACACCCUCACCGAGGAAGGUAUGCUCUGAAAUACGCCUCGAAGAAGACAGGUUUAGGGCCAUGAAUAUUUCAGUAGUUACGUCUACUGAGGCUGCUGCUUUUGCCACUAAGUCAUUUGGAUUAGACAGUGACAACAAACCUCCACAUGUCUGUGAGCAUUGCAAAAAACCAUGGCACAUGAAAGACCAGUGUUGGGAAGCUUCCAAAUUACAAACGACGUCAGUCAUAGGACAAGGCUGGUCCUGGACGGGCUCUGGUCAGCAACUCGGCGAAUGACAAGACCUCGACUCUGCCUCAAGCUGGCAGUCAAAGUAACUCAAGUGCUGUUGGGGUCGGUGCAAUUGUACACUCAGGAUCUGAGCUCAGGGACGACGAUUGGCACUGCCCGGCACGAUAGGGGCUUUAUUUCCUGACUGAUGAAACUUCCUUUAAGGAUGGUUAUAGGACUAGUUUUAUGUCUUUGAAUUUCUCUACUGUUGAGACCGAUUUUAUGUUAUGGCAUUACCGUCUGGGACAUCCUAAUUUUCAAUAUAUGAAGUAUCCUUUUCCGCAUUUAUUUCAUAAUAUUAAUAUAUCA